AUGCCCCGUGAGGUCCAGAAGGUGGCGCCCGACUUGUUGGACGAGGAUGCGGUGAACGUCACCGAAGUGGAGCGGGAGCUGAACUCACACAAUCCCAAGACCCUGGCCAACCUCUUCAAGCUCUUGGUUACCACUGCCGUCGCCAAGCACGGCGCCCAAAUCGCCGAGGGGGGGCUCGGCGCGAUGGGCAUCGGAGAAUGUGAGAAGGUCAUUUGCGCCGGGGAUCUGAAGUACGAGCUCGAUGACACCGGCGUCCACAAGUGUACCUGGAACUGCCCUGCAGAUGAAGACCAACCCAUGAUCCCGGGCCAGUUCCAGUCCGUGGGGAUGUCAUUGGCCGAGCAGGUGCAGGAGAUACAGGUCCAGCCCUUUCGAAACGAGACGACUGAGGCCCUGGAGGCCGUCGAGGAGUCGAAGCACCUGUCGGACAAGGACUUCAAGAGCUCCAAGGCCUGGGAUAUGGUGAAGAAGUUGGACAUCAACUUCCACAAGGCAAUCAGCGACGACCCCUUGGUGCUCCUCAAGACAGACGGCCCCAACCAAAUGGGCCGCCCCAAGGCCUCUGCCGUCCGAUACCAUGGGAAGUGUGCUCCGGACGUCUUCGCUGUGGGCGAUCGGCUCAUCUUUACCGGCAAGGGGCACAAGGACAUCCCACACGAGGCCGUGGUGAAGGUGAAUCGUUUGGCGAAUGCCUGGUUGGACAUCUUCCCCGUGGCGAAAGGGUAUGUGGAAGUGAAGUACCUGGGGAAGGUGGCCAUCGUCCCGAUCUCGCAGGUGAAGCGCGAAGCUAUGGGGAAGGUCAAGGUGGAUCCGGGUCUCCAGGACUGGCUCUUCAGCACCCAAAACCACCUCGAGGUGAAGUCACCGGCGAAGCAUGACCCCAGCCGGCAGCAAGUGGCUGACACCUUGUGGCUUCCCGUGAAGAAGGAUAAGGGGCUUCCUUCAGAAAAUCUUGACAGUUGCUUUCAAAAUCGUGGGAACUCGAAGGGUGACGCUAAGUUCGUCAUCGUGGGUGACGGCCACCUCCUCGCACACAAUCAGGGGCGGGUGCACGCCCUGGGCGUCGGCCAUGCUGUUAGCUUCACCGGCUCCCUGAAAAGUGGCAGCGCCCACUUGAAGGCUCUGUUCAAGUCCUGCGAUGCCGUCGUCGUUCCGAGCCGCAACGAGCCCUUUGGCAUCGUCGUUCUGGAGGCUUGGGCCUCCGGCAAGCCCGUCGUAGCGACGACCUCCGGUGGACCCCGCGACUUCGUGAAGCCCGGGGAGGACGGCUACCUCGUGGAUCCGGACCCCGGAUCCAUCGCUUGGGGCUGCUGCAAGAUCCUCGAAAACUUCGAGCACUCGAGGUGGAUGGGCAAGAAUGCCCAGGCCAAGGCUAUCCGUGACUUUAGUUGGGAGAACAUCGCCGUGCAGACGGAACAGGUGUACUACAGCCUGCUGAACCUGGAGGGCGCUCCUCGCAGCAACGACAGAGCUGCCGGCGCUCCGAUCGCCAACACCCUGCUGGCAGAAAGAUGCUUCAACAUGAAGGUGGAGGAUGGUGACGAGUUGGUCAACCGCGGCGUCUCUCUGUUAAAGCUCAUGAAGUUGGCCACAGCUUCCCUCAGUGGCGACGGAGUGAUGACCUGGAUGAGCACGGAGUUUGGCCAGAUUGAUCCGGUUGACAUGCCGCGAGCCGGCAAUGGCUUCAACGAUGAGCCUUCGAGGGUGAAGUUCGAGCUGGCCGACAACAAGGACCUGAAGUUCAAUCAGAUGGAAUCUUUUGAGUCUGCCCUUAACGGCGCAGCACUUCAGCUGGGUUGGCUUGCGUCGAAGGAGCAGGAGGUGCUUGUCCAGAGCGAAGAGGACAAGGUCAUGGUGUACAAGCGUGGCAGUUGCCUGUUCGUGCUCAAUUGGCACCCAUGGCAACAAUACACCGACUUCGGCAUAGAGGUGGCAGCUGUUGCAAAAGGUAGCAAGCUGAACCUUGCGCUCAGCACUGACGAGGCACGAUUUGGAGGAACUUGCCAGGAUGCGGCUGCAGGCCCUUCGCUGGAUGCGACAAGCGCUCCGAACCUCAUGCUCAGCGUGCUGCCACCGAGGACCGGCCUGGUCUUCCACCUACCGACGGAUGGCUCUGGCGCGUCGAUUGACGCCCUGAAGGGUGCCUAA